CGCUAAAGCUCUCGUGGUCACCUUGGGAUGUAGUUGAAUGACGGCCACCUUGUAUACCGGUGCUGUCUUGUUAGAUUGCGGCCGCUCAUGGACCGGAGGCUCCGGCUCCGGCCCAGCGCCAGGGUGUUCUGCCAUCUUAGGUAUUUCUUUUGUCCAGGUAAGGACAACAAGUGGCAAUCCAACGUCCAAUAGCUUGGACUAUGCAAGUGAUGCAGUGACCAAGACAGCACAUCCGUUGGGAUCCGAAAAUCGAUCGGUACCCCACCAGAGAAGGCACGCAGUCCAAGAGUCACGCCAAGAUUUCAGCCCCACGGCAGCGAUUCCGCGCUAGCGAACAAUUUCCAGGCGCGACCACGAGGACGUGGAACAAGAAGCUGAUCAGGUGCACCAACUCAAGACCUCGAUCGCCUCCAGACGCAGCGACCAUGUCUGUCAGACAGGCGCCAACAUACCAGCAAGGUGCGCCGGAGCGGCCUAUUGAUGACGACUCCGAUGUGGAAGAGGAGGCUCUAGCGAACGACUACCGCGAGCAGGUAGGCUAUAGGGAUGGCGAAGAUUACGACCUGGAUCAGCACAUGUCCGUAGGUGGAGGGCCACAAGAUCUCCAAGCGCAAUUACAGGCUGCAGCCACGCCCUUGGAGUACCAAGCAACCAUUGAAACAAAGAUCCAGAGCUAUGACAGUUACUGCAACCUGUUUCACUUCAUAUUAAACAGUGAAGGACCAGUGGACAUUGAGGUGCCUUCGUACUACUGGGCGUGGGAUGUUAUCGAUGAGUUCAUCUACCAGUUUAACUCCUUCUGCUCCUUCCGCCAACGGCUCGCCUUCAAUCAAACAACAACACAGGUCAACGAGGAUGAGAUAGCCGUACUACGAGAGAACCCGAACACAUGGGGCUGCUAUUCCGUCCUCAACGUUCUCUACUCUCUCAUACAGCGCUCGCAAAUCAGCGAACAGCUCGCCGCACGGAAACGUGGCGAAGAUCCUGCACCGUACGCUGGCGAGUACGGCUCACGAAGUCUCUACCAAAUGCUCGGCUACUUCUCCAUCAUCGGCCUGCUGCGUGUGCACUGUCUGCUGGGUGAUUUCAGCCUAGCGCUCAAGACACUCGACGACAUCGAACUUAACAAGAAGGCAAUGUUCGCUCGUGUCAUGGCGGCUAACUUCACCACCUACUACUACAUCGGCUUCAGCUACAUGAUGAUGCAUCGCUAUGCUGACGCAUUGAGAUCGUUCAACCACAUUCUGAUCUACGUCAGCCGGACGAAGAACUUCCAAAAGGGCGCACAAUACGAUAGCAUCACGAAGAAGAACGACCAGAUGUACGCGCUUGUGGCAAUAUGUGUGGCCUUCUACCCUCAGAGGCUGGACGACACGAUCCACACUGCGCUGAGAGAGAAGUACGGCGAGCAGUUGACGCGGAUGCAGCGCGGUGGGCCGGAGGCGCUUCCGAUCUUCGAGGAGCUUUUCAGGGCAGCUUGUCCCAAGUUCAUUUCACCAACGCCACCAGACUUCGACCAGCCGCACCUGAACAUCGAUCCCGUAGAGCACCAGCUGUCGAUCUUCAUGGAGGAGGUGAAGAACAACAUGUACUCGCCGACCGUGCGCAGCUACCUCAAGCUGUACACGACCAUGGACCUGACGAAGCUGGCCGGGUUCUUGGAGGUGGAUGCGGAUACGCUGCGGAGUUGGUUGCUGGUUAAUAAGCAGCGGUCAAGGCAGGUACGGCAUAGUGAGGGUCCAUUGCUGGAAGGUGAUGUUGUCAAUUCGAGCGAUCUUGACUACGCGAUGCAAGGGGAUAUGAUUCACGUGUCGGAGGCCAAGGUUGGUCGGAGACUGGUAGAUUGGUACUUGCGGAAUCUGGCAAGGACUUACUAGAGUUUCAAUCCCAUGGGCAGGCGUGGAGGUCGAAAGCCGCGAAUGGAUGCUUCAGCGUGGCGUUGAUGGUUGGAAUUUGUGAGGCUAGUUUGAAGGCAGUAGUUUCUGCCCAACUGGGAAAAGGCUGGAAGCCCUCCGCAGGCCCGGCAUAUCCUGCUACACGGGGUAUAUCCCAGUGAGGCCCUCAAAUCAGCAUGCUGCCGCAGCCAUGGUAUUAAAUGUCUCUCCAGCAGUUUCUGACUCCCCAAGCGG